UUAGUCCCUCCCGUGUUCCGUGUUUUCCGUCUUGUGUUUUUUCAGUUUAGGGUUGUGUUGGUUUGUACUCUGUGUUUCCUAGCCCUGAGUUUUCCCUAACCUUGGUUAGAGCCAGCUUCCCUGUUUGCCUACGUGUAUAUUUAUUUUGUUUACUCAAGUAUCUCCGUGUUGGCUCUAUGACCCUGAACUGCUUUAACAACUCUGAUUUUGGAUUUGCCCCUAUUAAAUCUCGUUCUUUUCGGCACGUGUCCACCUCCUUAUCGCUCAUUGUUACAGAAUAAACAGCCAAACCAGGACUCAGCGAGAGUGCGAGACUCUAGGAGGUGGUUUCGCUGGGACAAAACUGGCUGUUUCCACACAGUUCGAUUUUGUUACGUCUCUGCUUCACCAAACCAGAGACAGCAAAACGCCUGGCGCUGCGGGUACAUGGGCAUCUCAUCAUUCCUGGAAGAAGCAGAAUUCCAUAAAUCUUGAUAACGACGAGAUCCCAGGUAAGCGCCAAGAGUCUACCUGUCUUGACUAAUGCUGCAGCGGGGAGCGGCAAGCAGCGCAAGACGUGAGUAGGUGGAGUGAAUGCGCAGAUAACCCGUUUCUAGGCACUCGGUUGGUGCUCAAGCGCAAAUGUGAGCUCCCCAUAGCCCAUGUGCGCUCUGAGAACUGCCUAGAGGGUUCUGUAUCUGUGUGUUCCUCCAGGGUCAGCCCACCAGUGUCUUUGGCAAUCCCGCAAGCCACCCAGUAUGACCCUGUUUCCGGCGUGAGACACCGCACGUCCUGAUCCUGGUCCUGUUCCCAGCAUGAGAGACGCUGCCCAUCCUGAUCCUUGAAUCAGAUGUAGUUUACCAAAUAUUUUUAAAUCCUUAGCAUUUUAGGAAAUCAGAACCAGAAGCUCCAGAAUCCAUGGUCCUCCAACAUGGUUUCCUCUCAGGAAGUCACCUAACAGGUAUUCUGUAGGGUUUGCGGCAACUGAAAAAGCUUGAUUAUAUGAUCUGAGUAAAUAUAUUGUAGAUCUCAAUGAAUGCUUUGUAUCAUUGUUCUGCUGAAUGUUGCGUAUAAUAUCAGACAUCUACCACCAUACUUCACAAUGUGAAAAGCUUAGGUUUUUAUAUGCGUGACCAUCCCUCUUUCAUUUUCCCAGGUCAGCUCAUGAUGUUUGUGGCUUGAAAGCCCUCAUCUGACAAGUCAUUGCUCUAAUAUUUAGCUUUUAGUUUGCAUAGAAAGUUAAUGACUAAACUUUAAAUGCCUCUGGCAAACAUUUGCAACAUUUGUCAGCAUCAAGGCUGAAUCGGCUGUUUUAAGAAGCAGAGUUAUCUGGGUAAGGGUCAAAUUGUCUUGUUAAAUAACUCCUUGAGCCUGUUAACACCGUCAUAAAUAUGCAGUCAAUAGUAACUUUCAAACUGUUAUUGCAGGUUUCUUUGACCUAGUUUUGGACUAAAAUGUAAUGUCUGGUGAUUUACCUUUUUUGCAGUACUUGGGUAGGAUGCUGUUUUUAUCCGUUUCUUGUGAUUGUGGACCAAAUCAAAAGGAUUUCCAUUUUGUGUUAAUGCUCCAUCAAUGUCUAGUUCUGAAGUGGAUAUUUGUUAAUGGUCCAAUCUGAGUGUCAACAGAACUAAAGUAGCGUGUGAGGCUUGUAUGAACUGGUGAUGCCACAAAGGAUGCCACUAUACCACUAGAUCAGCUGCCUGAGGCCACCAUGCCACUAGAGAUUGCUCCGGCCCCUGGCAUGGAAGAUGCCCCACCCAGCGGUGAGUCUAUUCUGGUUACCGGCAUUGAGGGCACCAUACAGCCCAUUCCUGAGGCCGCAGCUAGGGGCAAGACUGUGGCUCUUAAGGCCACCCAGUUGGCCUCUCAGUCAGCCACAGUGUUCUUACCCUGUAGCAAUCCUAUCCCAGUGGCUGUCUCCAUGUCCACCAGCAUAUCCAUGCCUACUCCAGCAGCAGCUGCACCUCUGGACCUACAGCCAAUUUCUCUUCCCGGCCUGGAAAACUCCAGCCUCCCAGUUUCUGUUCCCAUCACGGAAGAUGCCACAAUGCCAGUUCCUGUUCCCGGCAUUGUGGACACCAUUCAACCAGUUCCGGUUCCUGUGCCUCCAGACCCCAGGAUGAAACUCAUGGGCCAGCCUCCAGAUCCCACCGCUGUGCCUCCAGUCCUGCCAGAUCCACCACCAGCUGCAGCCCUGCUUCCGGACCUCUCAGACUCACCUACUGCAGCAAUGCCUCUGGACCUGCCAUACCCACUGCCAGCCGCAGCCAUGCCUCCAUAUCUGCCGGAUAUUCCUUUGGCUGUCAUGCUCUUUUCUCUUCGCUUCUUGCUGGGUUACACUAUCCCUGUCAGCAUACGCAAGUAUUGUCGUGUUUUUGCUUUAGCGUCAUAUGUCUGUCUGUAACUCUCUAGUCUUCCCUUUAGUUCUGUUUCCUGUUACCUGUAUUUUCUGUUUUAGUAUAAUUUAAUUUGUCUACAUAAGUAUUCUGAUUCAGCAUAUUCCCCUUCCUU